AGUGAGGUCAGAUGAGAAUUGUCAGAGUGGACAAGACAGGCAUGCGGGUAACUCGCGCGAGCCUGCCCUUAGUGGCCCUUGUUUUUCUUUUUACUCAAACACAUGCGCAGAAGUACAUACUUUGCAAAUCACAUGGAUCAGAAGAUUGUCAAUUAUACACAUCGGAUCCAGAUGACAACAUGGCAACAUCACCAUCUCACGUGUGUGGUGAAAUCAGUUCUUUUGGAAUCACGAGAUUGAGUGACCAAUUUCACACGAUUCAACCCCUCGGACUGGAUACAGAAUUAAUGAAAAACAUAUUCUGUAAAAGCGUUGUUCACGUCAACACUGCUAAUUAUCAUGAACCAUUUGUUUAUUUUCGUGCUCGGUAUCCAAGAGAUCGAAGACAGGCAACCUUUACUCCUAGAGGAAAAUAUCGAGGCCAAACUCAGUCACAAUACUUGGCUAUAGAUAGAGGAAAUGGAAAAGAUGAAGGCAAGGCGGAAGCCCAUUCUGCCGCAGAUUCUUCAAGAGCAAGUGUCAGUGGUAACAGCGGCAUGGGCCAGGCACAAAGCCAGUCCAUUUAUGAUCCGAAUUGCGAGGAUUGCUACGGCGCACCAAGACAGGAAGUCGAGAGCUUAAAACAUCAACUUGGAAGAACAACAGAUUACGGGCCAAGCUGGUCUAGCGCUGGACCUGAGUAUUCAUCGCGUUUUCCUGGAGGAACGAGGCAUCCAGACCAAUCACCUGAUACUUCCUCAUAUAACCCAGAACGGACAGGUUUAAAUAGUCCAAAUGGAUAUAUAGGUAGAAGUUACAGACCCGAUGGUAAAAUUAUACCAGAUGGCUCUGGCGGGGAUAGUAAUGGCUACGGUCCAUCUUAUAAUUAUGGUCCUAGAGGGUCUGGAUCGAGUUAUCCCGGCAGCAAUGGUUAUGGACCAGGAAAAGAUAUCCAAUCAGGGGUAGUCAGUAAAGAUAAACCUUAUAGAAAUGACGGAAAUCCAACAAACAGAUUUGGAGAACAAGUAGACAGGACUAUCCCAAUUGGCAAUUUUCCUAAAAGUGACACAAACCCAUUACAUCCAGGUAAUAAUUAUGGUUUGCAACAGAAUGGCUACCCGGUUCAGGAAGGUAGUCACAAUGGUAUGCCAAUACAUGAUUUAAAUGACCAAACCAAAUAUUCAACUCCAGAUGGCAGAGGCGAUCAAACUUUACGGGGAAAUUACAUACCAAACGUAUCAAGUCAAACUGGACAAAAUAAUAAUAUGUUGCAACAUCAACCAAAUAAAAAUUAUAAUCAACCUACUUCCAUUAAUCCUAAUGAUGGUUCGUAUUACAAUCCGAGACCAAAUGGACCUUAUUCUCCAGGACAAAGUGGAGAAAGUUAUGUACCGAAUGGGGCGUCUUUACCUCCUGGUCAACUAAACGCCUUUGAUCCAAAAACAAGCCAUAAUAAUGCACAACCAGGAGCAAACGGACAAACACGUGUUCCUCAGCAGACUCCAACAGGUAUUGCUAAUUAUGAUCGUAACAUAUAUCCCCCUGGUUUUUAUGUAUCAGGAGACAACCAGAGGAAUUGGCCACCUUCAAGCCCAUUCCAAACGCCUGACGGAAAAACUUAUGUUUGUUGUGAAGUACAAAGUCCUUAUGGUCAAAAUAGUGGAGGGAGGCCCAACAAUCUAUUGACUCCAGGUAUAACUCAGCCUGGGGGAAAUUAUGGAUCUGAAGGACCAGGAGAACGCUAUAAUUUACAAAAUGGACCGAGGCAAUAUAGCCCAGAACGUGAAAGUGGUUUUAUACCGGGUGGACAGUACCAAUAUCCAAGUAGUAAAUAUACUCCUCCUGGAAAGCAAUUUGUUCCUGGAAACGAUGAAUACGGUGCAGGUGGACAGUAUAAUCCAAGCGGUCAAUAUUCACCUGGGAGCAUACCAAAAUCAAGCGUCGUGGGUCCAGGCAGUCAAGACACCUCUAGAAGUACGCCUGGUACAGGAUCCGGUGGACAAUACAUUCCUGGGAGAAAUGGAGAACCAGGAACUGGAAAUCUUGGGAGUCAAUUCACUCCUGGAGGUAGUCCGGCUACAGGAUCAGGGAAUAAAUAUAUUCCUGGGAGAGAUACAGGUUCUGGAACUAGAAGCCCUGGAGGUCAAUACUCUCCUGGUACUGGUCAAACUGUACCUGGACAAGAUCUAGGGUUAGGACCUGAAGGGCAAUACUCUCCAGGAAGUAGUCCAGUUACCGGAUCAAGUGGACAAUACGUUCCUGGAAGAGAUAUGGGAUCCGGAACUGGAGGCCCUGGAGGUCCAUAUUCUCCUGGUACCGGUCCUUCUACAGGAUUAGGUGGACAAUACAUUCCUGGAAGAGAUUUGGUAUCCGGAACUGGAGUCCCUGGAGGUUUAUAUUCUCCUGGAACUGGUCCUUCUACGGGAGCAGGUGGACGAUACCUUCCUGAAAAAGACAUGGGUACCGGGAAUAGAGCCCCUGGAGAUCAAUACUCCCCUGGUAGUGGGUCCACUACAGGAUCAGGAGGACAAUUAAUUCCUGGAAGUGAUAUGGGUCCACGGACUGGAGGCCCUGGAGGUCAAUAUUCUCCUGGUUCUAGACCUUCUACAGGGUCUGGUGGACAAUUCAUUCCUGGACGAGAUAUAGGUUCUGGAACUGGAGGCCCUGGAGGUAAAAAUUAUCCCGGUACUGGUCCUUCCAUAGGAUCAGGUGGACAAUACAUUCCUGGAAGAGAUAUGGUUUCAGGGACUGGAGGCCCUGGAGGUAAAUAUUCUCCUGGUACAGGUCCUUCCACAGGAUUAGGUGGACAAUACAUUCCUGGAAGAGAUAUAGGUUCUGGAACUGGAGGAUCUGGAGGUCAAUUUUCUCCUGGUACUGGUCCUUCCACAGGAUUAGGUGGACAAUACAUUCCUGGAAGAGAUAUAGGUUCUGGAACUGGAGGACCUGGAGGUCAAUAUUCUCCCGGUGCUGGUCCUUCUAUAGGAUCAGGUGGACAAUACAUUCCUGGAAGAGAUAUGGGUUCAGGGACCGGAGGCCCUGGAGGUAAAUAUUCUCCUGGUACUGGUCCUUCCACAGGAUUAGGUGGACAAUACAUUCCUGGAAGAGAUAUAGGUUCUGGAACUGGAGGACCUGGUGGUCAAUAUUCUCCUGGUACUGGUCCUUCUAUGGAGUCAGGUGGACAAUAUAUUCCUGGAAGAGAUAUAGGUUCUGGAACUGGAGGCCCUGGCGUUCAAUAUUCUCCUGGUACAAGUCCUUCUACAGGGUCUGGUGGACAAUACAUUCCUGGAACAGAUUUGGGUUCCAGGAUUGGAGGCCCUGGAAGUCAAUAUUCUCCUGGUGUUAGUCCAUUUAUAGGGUCAGGUGAACGUUAUAUUCCGAGAGGAUCCGGGUCAGAAACUAGUAGCUCAGGGGGGCCGUUCAAUCCUGGAGGUGGAGCUAGUCAAUACGAUCUUGCAAAUGGAGUACCUUCUGGUCGUGAAGGGCAAGGUACUAAUUAUAGACCUGAUUCGGAAACUGGUGGUGGAAAUGGUCAGUAUACACCUAGUGUGACUGGGGACGGUGUUAGCUUACCUGGUGGACAAUCUCUUCCUGAAAAUAGAUACGGUUAUAAAAAUAGUCCAGAUAAAGUAGGAGAAGGACCGAAUGGCGCAUAUGGAAAUCCUGGAUCAAUUGGAAGCGGCACUACUGGGCGGUAUCCAAAUGGCCAGACUGGCACGCAAUAUGAGAUUGGACGAACUAAUCCUUCAUAUAAUAGUGUGCCACAAAAUUAUGUUGAUCCCCAAUCUGUUGCUGAUGACGACGAUUCAGAAGCCGAAGCAGUCGUAUCUCAAGCAAUUAAUGGAACAACGGCCAGUGCAACUUCAAAGGGAGGAAAUGAUAAAGCGCGUGCUCAAACACAUGUACAAGGAACGUAUUCAGGAAGUGGCUCAUUCCAAGCACAAGCACAAAUAGCAGGUAAAAACAAAGAGGCUGAAAGCGAGGUAAGUGGAGGCAAAAAAGGAGCGUCGAGUUCCGCAACUGGAAGUGGCCGUAAUAAUAAAUCUCAAGCAAGUGUUCAAUUAGGCUCUGAGACAGGAGCAGUACAAACUAAUUCCCAGAGUAGUGGAGCAAUGCAUUCUUCUAACUCACAAGUACAAGGCAGCGUUAAGGGAGGUACAGCUGAUGCUCAAGCGCGUGGUCCUGGCAGCACAUCAUCGCAAGCACAAAUUGGAUUUACGCCUUUCAAAGAUAGUGAAAAGUCAAAGCACGAUCUUCAGAAAAUUCCGUUUGUCGGUGGGGGAAUGGCAUCAGCACAGUCAAGUGGGCGAACUGGUCAGUCACAAUCUCAAUUACAUGGUACUUUUAAAUAUGGUAUAACAUAUAAUGGUGCCGCUCAGGCUGGGGCCAGUAUUGAUAAGGAUGCCAUAUUUCCAAACAGAUUAUCAUUUGAAAAAAUAGAUGUCUUUAAUGAGAAAGACAAAAAUAUAAACGUUGAUUUCACUGAACCUCCCCCCGAACUAGAAACUGAGAAAACACCCGAGACAACACCAGCACUUCCAGAACUAGUAGUGGAAGAACAGAAAGAGGACGUAGUUACAACAACUGAAAAGAAUUUUGAUGAAACUUUAACAGAUUCAGAAAGUAAAUAUGAUGCUCAUCCCCACGCUGACCAUCAUUCGUUUGAGACCACGCCAUCGGAACCUGCUAUAACAGAUAACACGAGAUCAUUCCACAAUUAUUAUGGCACUGAAUAUGAUACGUACACGACAGAUAAAGACGACAAUGAUGAUUAUGAUUCCGAAAAUUCAGACGAACCGGAAGUUGAUCAAGGUGCCGAGUUUCCUAGUUAUGACGAAUACAGAGGAGAUGCCACCCAUCAAUCACUACAAGUUCCAAGAAAGGGAGUAGAUGUGCAUCAAAGCACGGGUGGUAAUACGCAACAUAUUGUUUUGGGGUCACUGAAAAAGCACGACGCCGAAAUAACGCAGAAAAGUUCGGAAAGGCCAGACGAAAAAAGAAUAUAUCAGCCUGGCGAGCGUGUGCCGGGCACAGGAGGAUAUACUAUACCCAUCGGCUUUACAGGAAGUGUAAAAUCAGUUGCUUCAAAAGAUAAUACAUAUGUGAUCGGGUCUAAGGAUUCUCCAUCUCAAGCACAGACCGUCGCUCUUACUCCUGGCACGGGAAAAGUAAGGUAUACCUAUCCUUCGAGUUACGGUAAAUACGUCCAUCCGACAAACUUACGUUCACUCAACAAUAAACGCGAUGACGACCGAUACGUUUCCAUGUCUAAAUCGGUAACCCGAGAUUUGGACAAUGAUAAUAAUAUAAGAAAACAAUACUCACACACUUACUACACAAAGUCUUCCUCCUGUGGCUACUUCACUUUCACGUGUACGAUGGUAAGUAGCGCCGAAGGAAAAAAGAAAGUAUGUAAACCGAAAAUACCAACCAAUCCUGAUGGUACGCCAAUAAGGUGCUGAUGUGCAAAAUACUGAUACAGUAGUUUUAUACACUCAAUGCUACUUAAUAUUGUAUUUUUAAUUAGAGACUUUGGGGAGGUCAUUAGUACUUUAAUUAUUUGUGAAUAAAUUACUGUAAAAUAUACUUAGCCUAUUGAGAAAUGUAAAUAGUGUAAUUAAGUGAAGAUUAAACAUAUUAUACUAUAUAAAAUUGAUCUUUAUUAAGGCAUUUCUAAAAUACAGGCGCAUAAUGAUUUAUUUCGAUUUAGUAUUUGACAUAAUUUGGAGCUGCAGUGAUCAUUCAACUUAAUAUGUCCGUGUUGACGGAACCGAACGAAUAAACCGCCACUUCUCCGAACAUCGUUUAACGCCCGAAACCAAUAAUUAAUCCACAGUCUCAGAUUGGAAACAAUCACCGUGGCAAUCGAUCGAUCAUAUCUGCAUUCCAAUAACCAAACCCUCCGAAGACAAUCCAGUUUCGACGACGGAUAGAAUGGAAUCUCUUCGCUCUUUACACUCAUAUUUGAUAAUUAAU